UGCCAUGGACAUAAGUUCGGUGCCCAUUGUAUUGGGACAAGUAACUCGUCUUCCGCCCACUACUGUUCAACAAAUCUGUCUCUCGCAUAUGAACGCACGCACAACACACAGUGGAUCUACAAUAAACGCAGAGUUUAAUUCUUCAGCACAGUUACGGGCAAGUUUUGUUGAUAAGGGUGUCCUAGGAAAAAUGUCAGGCACCAGGGAAGUCAAUGCGCAAACUGAAGAUUUCAUGGAGGACUCUGGCAAGCCAAUGCCAUCAAUUCAACAGGAAGAGGAAGCUGUUAAGAAGAAAUAUGGAGGAAUAGUGCCGAAGAAACCACCACUAAUUUCAAAGGAUCAUGAAAGAGCCUAUUUCGAUUCUGCUGAUUGGGCCCUGGGAAAACAAGGCGUAGAGAAACCGAAAGGACCACUUGAGGCUCUGAGGCCAAAGUUACAGCCGACGCAGCAGCAAACACGAUACCGCAAAUCUCCUUGUGCUCCUGCAGAAGGUGAAGAUGGAAAUGCUGCCCCACCAGAGGAUGAGGCUGCAAAGGAAUGAAACAUCAUCACUAAUCUUUUGAUCUUGGGGAGGUAAUUGAAUGUUACAUCAUUAUUAGCCGAGUAACUUUCUACUGAAAUAAAAUUUUCAAGGAGGUUCUAGUGUUUGGUUAGAAGAAGCAUGUAUGGACUGAUUGUGCUUGCUGCUGUAGUUUGCGACAGCCGAGAGGUAUUCCUGUUGUAAACUACUUUCAUGCUAUUCUGUGAACAAAGAAUGUAGAAUAGAGAUUUCUGAAAACCAUUUAUUUUAUAUACAUUUUCUGUUUGCCAGUUGUGUUUCAAAAUUGAUGAUAUACAUCUAGUUUAGUUGUGUUUCAAAUUGUUGAUUUUCCCAAGUUUGGUAUGUUGGAUUGAAGAAGAAAAUGAAAUCAAAAUUAGUCUGUUCAUCAAUGUAACAAACCUGCACUAAUUUUUUCCAUUUCUUCUUCUUCUUUUUUUUUUUGAUACCCAGGUGUCCACCUUACAGCGACUAAUUUUUUCCAUUUCUUUUAAGCACUAGAAGUUGUUCUUUUGAAAAGGCAUGAACCUUAUACUCUGUUUUGGUCACUUUGAGAUUAUUUUUUUAGCAAUUAGGCACUCAAUUUAUGGGUA